AACGAAUUGUCAACAACAAAAAUUUGAUAUUAACAUGAGCAUGCGCAUAUCGCAUAUGAUCUAUUCGAGUUUUUUCAUCUCGAUUCUUUUUGGCUUUGUAUUUCCAUCUUCAAUCUAUUGUUGAUUCGAAAAUGCCACGAGGCCCUGAAAUAUCCGAAUUUCAACGUGGCCGUAUUGUUGGGAAAUAUGAAGAAGGUGCAACCAUACGUAAAAUAUCGAAAGACCUUGAAGUAUCCAAAACAGCUGUGCAUAAAAUUAUAACCGAUUACAAAGCAACGGGUAAAACAAGUGCAAAAAAACGAUCUGGACGACCAGGACCAUCGAAACGAUUUUUACGUUCUAUACAACGUACUGUUGAAGAUGAACCGGGUAUUAAAUUAUCCGAAUUGGCAGCCAGAUUUGAGGUAUCCGAAACGACAGUUGGACGUUAUCUACAUUUACUUGGUUAUUAUAAAGGCUAAAUUAAUCAAAUUUGAUUUUGAUUCGAUGGUCACCAUAGAAUGUUAGGGUUUUUUCAUGUUUCAUGUUUCUCUUUGCUUUGUUUAUUCCUAUUUCAUUUCAGUCUGUGUUCAUUCAUUGCUUUUUGUAUAAAUUUUUUAAUAACAAAAAAAGAAAAAUUGAA